AUGGCCAUGCAGCACCAAGGCUUCCAGGUCGAAAUAUUCGAAAAAGUCCACGAGUUCUUGCGUCUCGGGGACUCCUUAGGUCUCGGUGAGAACGCACUCAGACUGCUAGAGCGAUGGGGUCUGCACGAUGAACUGGUCGCGCUGGGCAAUAAGUCUGAGUUCCUCCAGAUUCGACACUGGAAGACUGGCGAGAUUAUGGCCCAGCAGCCGGCUAUGGAUAUGGCUGGAUAUAUCGGGCAUCGAGGGGACUACCAUCGGGCGUUUCUGGACAGGGUUGCGGAUUUGGGAAUUCCACUGCAUAUGGGCUGUACUGUUGUAUCAUACGACGAGACGAAACCGUCGCUUACCCUUGCCAAUGGCGAGGAGCACCAAGCCGAUGUGAUCAUCGCUGCUGAUGGAAUCAAAUCCCUGGCCCGCGAGCUCGUGCUCGGCUUCGAAGACAAACCCAAAUCCUCCGGAUACGCCUGCUACCGUGCCUAUUUCAAAGGCACAUUCCUAAAAGAAGACGCCCUGUGCCGGGAAUUCGUCGAAAAGGAAUGCAUCAACAUCUGGAUCGGGCACGACGUGCACCUCGUCCAGAAUACACUGCGCGACGGGGACGAAUUCAACUGGAUCCUGACACACAAGGACACAGAAGACAUCACAGAGUCCUGGUUCCAGCCGGGGAAUAUGGACGAUGUGCGCGACGAGAUCCGGGACCUAGAUCCGCGCAUUGCCGCGGCUGUACAUAAGACGAAAGAGUGUUUGGAUUGGAAGAUCUGUUACCGGGAUCCGAUUCCAUCGUGGGUUAGUAGGAGCCAUAAGAUUGCUCUUCUUGGGGACUCAUGUCAUCCGCACCUGCCGACGAGUGCACAGGGUGCAUCGCAAGCGACGGAGAGUGCGGCCGUGUUGGCGCCGUGUUUGAAGCUGGCUGGGAAGGGGAAUGUUCCUCUUGCAACGCGGGUGUAUGAGAAGUUGCGCUUUGAUCGAGUGCGUAAGUGCCAGCGAAACGGCGAGGAUAUACGCGACAGGUGGCACAGCGCAUUGAAGAAACUCGAAGCUGGCGAGAGCCUGAACCCGGAAGAUGUGAUGAUGAGGAAUCGUUGGUUAUAUCCUUUCGAUGCGGAGGCUGACACGCUGGAAAGGUGGAACGAAGUCGCGACAGUUGUUGAAAAGGAACUGAGAGAUGGAAAAAUCACUCCUUUGUUCAAUAGAACUGCUAAUGGAUCGGCUUGA